CGUGGUCUGCAAGGAUUUCUGGACCAGGCUUCAAAGCUAGGACUUGAUGUAUCUUUACAAAAAGUGGACAGAAACAUCAGCAGGGUUUUUGCCAGCCUUUUUACAACCAUGAAAACAGAAGAGCUGAAUCGCUACCGAGAUACAUUACGAAGGGCAAUCUUACUUCUGAGUCCAAGGGGAGCGCAAACUUUUAUCAAUGAGGCUGUGGAAACCAACCUGGCUUCAAAGGAUAGUCACUGGGUCUAUGUAAAUGAGGAAAUCAGCGACAAUGAAAUUUUGGAACUGGUACACAGUGCUCUUGGGAGAAUGACCGUCAUACGGCAGAUCUUCCCUCUGUCGAGAGAAAACAACCCCAGAUGCAUGAGGAACAACCACCGGAUCUCUUCACUUCUCUGUGACCCACAAGAGGGUUAUCUUCAAAUGCUGCAGGUCUCCAGCCUCUAUCUCUAUGACAGUGUGCUCAUGCUGGCCAAUGCCUUCCACAGAAAGUUGGAGGACAGGAAGUGGCACAGUAUGGCAAGCUUGAAUUGCAUGAGAAAAUCAACCAAGCCUUGGAAUGGAGGCCGAUCUAUGCUGGAAAGUAUUAAGAAGGGUCAUAUCACUGGACUCACAGGAGCCAUGGAAUUCAGAGAAGAUGGAGCCAACCCUUACGUCCAGUUUGAGAUCCUUGGAACCAGUUACAGUGAAACAUUUGGCAAAGAUGUGCGGAGGUUGGCAACGUGGGACUCUGAGAAGGGAUUGAAUGGAAGCCUGCAGGAACGCCGCUUGGGCAGUGACCUACAAGGAUUAACACUGAAAGUGGUGACUGUCUUGGAAGAGCCUUUUGUCAUGGUGGCAGAGAAUAUUCUUGGGCAACCCAAGCGUUACAAAGGUUUUUCCAUUGACGUACUGGAUGCACUUUCAAAGAACUUGGGCUUCAAGUAUGAGAUAUAUCAAUCUCCGGAUGGCAAGUAUGGCCAACAGCUCCAUAACAGCUCUUGGAAUGGCAUGAUUGGGGAACUAAUUAACAAGAGAGCUGACUUGGCAAUCUCUGCUAUCACUAUAACUCCAGAACGGGAGAGUGUUGUAGACUUCAGCAAGCGCUACAUGGAUUAUUCUGUAGGCAUCCUAAUCAAGAAGCCAGAAGAGAAGAUCAACAUCUUUUCUCUCUUUGCUCCCUUUGAUUUUGCGGUAUGGGCCUGCAUCGCUGCUGCUAUCCCCAUUGUCGGUGUUCUCAUCUUUGUAUUGAACCGAAUACAAGCAGUAAGAGCCCAGAAUUCUUCCCAGCCUGGUGCAUCCACUUCCUCAACACUUCACAGUGCCAUUUGGAUUGUGUACGGGGCCUUCGUUCAGCAAGGUGGUGAAUCUACUGUCAAUUCUGUAGCAAUGCGGAUUGUGAUGGGAAGCUGGUGGCUGUUCACUCUUAUCGUAUGCUCAUCCUAUACAGCUAACCUAGCAGCAUUUCUCACUGUAAACAGGAUGGACAAUCCUAUCAGAACGUUUCAGGAUCUUUCCAAGCAAAUGGACGUGUCAUACGGCACUGUCAGGGAUUCUGCGGUUUAUGAAUACUUCAAAGCAAAGGGAACAAACCCUUUAGAGCAAGAUAGCACCUUUGCUGAACUGUGGAAGACCAUCAGUAAGAAUAAUGGAGUUGAUAACUGUGUAGCAAACCCUUCCGAUGGCAUCAGGAAGGCAAAGAAAGGCAACUAUGCAUUCUUGUGGGAUAUUGCAGUAGUGGAAUAUGCAGCAUUGACAGAUGACGAGUGUUCAGUAACAGUAAUCGGAAACAGCAUCAGUAGCAAAGGAUAUGGCAUAGCACUCCAGCAUGGCAGUCCUUACAGGGAUAUCUUCUCCCAAAGGAUCUUAGAGCUACAAGAAGCUGGAUACUUGGACGUGUUCAAAGAAAAAUGGUGGCCACGGAUGGGACGCUGUGAUUUGAAUAGCCAUACCAACGCACAGACGGAUGGAAAGGCUUUGAAGCUUCACAGUUUUGCAGGGGUCUUCUGUAUUCUGGCAAUAGGCCUGCUCCUGGCCUGUUUGGUGGCAGCCCUGGAGUUGUGGUGGAGCAGCAACCGGUGUCAUCAAGAAACACCAAAAGAGAUACAGCCUGGGCAGCAGCAGCAGCACUGCAAACAUUCCCACAUUGCCCCACCACUGUGCCUCAACCUUUCCAUGGAGAGACCAUCUUUAGGGGACAAAGAAGUCAAUCUGGAACAGGUCCACAGACGUAUGAACAGUUUAAUUGACGAAGACUUAGCUCACAAGCAACUCUCUCCAGCGUCCAUUGAAAUCUCAGCUUUGGAAAUUGGUGGCAUGCCUCCCAGUCAAACCCUAGAGCCAGUCCGGGAAUACCAGAACACACAACUUUCUGUCACCUCCUUUUUACCAGAACAGACAACUCAUGGUGCCAGUAGGACACUCACAGGUGCCUCUGGAAGCAACCUGCCACUGCCUCUCAGCAGCUCAGCCACCAUGCCCUCUAUACAGUGUAAACACAGAUCGCCCAAUGGAGGACUAUUUCGUCAGAGCCCUGUGAAAACCCCCAUUCCAAUGUCAUUUCAGUCUGUGCCCGGGGGGGUCAUUCCAGAAGCCAUGGAACCAUCCCAUGGAACAUCCAUAUAAUGAAACCAACCAGCAAAGAUUUUUAAUACAAUUAAAAAAAACUCUUAUAAUUUUCUUGUAUAUAUCUGUAAAUAAUGAAAGAAUGAAGUGGGGUUAAAAAAAGUGUAUUUUGAAUAUUCCCAAUUUUCAAAGUCAGUAAAAAACAAACAAAAACAAAAAAAGAAAAAAGAAAAAAUGUAUGAAUGACUUUGUAAAUUUUGUUCUCUAUGAAUAAAAAAGGCAAAUUACUUGUGACCAUUCUCAAGUGCCAAAGAUGCGCUGUUACUGAGACUGAGGGCAGUAAAAGAUUUCCCUGGAUUUUAACUGGUAGUAUGUUUUGGGGUUCUUGUUCUGGUUUCCUGCUUUGGAAGCAGAGAAAAAUUGUUUAUUUCUUGAGUUAAAAAGAAAAAAAUGCACCAUCUCUUUGACCUUGGAUUCCAAUCUUGUGCUCAUGAUCAGAGUUGUCCCAGAUUAAAAAUUAAACAGCAGAUAACACAGCCUGACAUGCCACUAAUAUUUUUCAGAUGA